CUAGUAGAUCUGCCUUUAGGACCAAGUUCAUUACUGACACUAACACUUCAGUGGGGAAUAUGAUGCUCCUAGGUUCUGAUUUCAAAAGAGAGAAAUCUCCUAUGAACGCAUUGUAUUUCCAUGACUGAUUUGACUUGUGGACAACUUGGAGGCUGGAACAGACGUUGUUGACGGCGCAUCAUGUUACGUGUUUCGUCGCUCUUAGCAAUCCUCCUCAUUUUCACUGCUGCGCAAGGUGUUCCCAUGGUUGUGUACACAAAUGGAGCCAAUAAAGUGAUCAAAGACUUGGUAACUUUAGGGGUUGACGCUGAAGAAUGUACAAGUAUAGUGUAUGAAGUGAAGGCAUGUCAGGACCAUGGUCUCAGCCUCCUGGACUCCGCCGGUGCAGAGCUGGUUGAGUUUUUGAUUGGUGGCUGGUACAAUGAUAGAUCCAGACUAGUAAUCAGGCCAACAAGUGGGUAUAGGGAAGUUGGUACGGGUUCCAUCCUUCACUGUGACGAAUACAGAUGGUUCUGGGCAUUUUGGGGCAAUGGAAGUAUUUGGUAUGGAAAAGGUAAAACGAUUGGAAGUGACAAAGUCUUUGAUGUAACCGACCCGACAGGUGUCUCUGUCAAAAGAUUUGGCUUGAAGGGCUUCAAUGGAAGUCCUCAUCGCAUCCGUCUAGGAGAAACCUGCACAGGAGGAUUUCUCAGAGUCUCUGGCAAGUGGAGCGACGGUCUCAUAAAGGACACAUUCACAGACUACCUAAUCUGCGCGAGGUGGUGUUUUCUACACCCAAACUGUGGAAUGUUCAGCUACAUGGAAAUUCAGGGAAGAUGUGCAUUGUUCGACAGGACAACCUCGUCUUUCAUGCUGACUUCCGAGUCUGACUGGAAAUCAUGGAAAAUGCUGUACUGCAAUGCUUAAAUUCAGAUCUGCU